AUGUCGAGUAACAAAGUGGAGCCGAAAAAGAAGGUUCCGGAUGAUAAUGAAGACAAUUUGCUUAAAAGCAGAACAAAUAUUAGCGAUUUAAUCCACACCGUUCAAUUUGCACUAAUAUUCGAAUAUUGUUUUGGAAUCUAUAGAUUUCACAUUGUGAACAAUGGACUACAACCUACUAACAGAAGAAUGAAACUCGUUGGAAUCCUAAUUAUCUCUGCUCACGUCAUAUUUUUUUAUUACUUCUUAAAAUUACCAAGUGCGAUUACAGGAACAGCAAGUUUAGUUGAUACUAUGGAUGAAGUGCCGUCAAUAGUUAUUUUGCUUCAAUAUGUCACAUCAGCUAUAAUGACAUCCUUCCUUUUAAGUGUAGGCAAUAUAAAUAUAUUCACGACAUUUGCAAAUCUUGACUCUAUGUUACAUAUCAACACUAACCAAGAUUUUUAUAAAGCAUCUCGCAGUAGAACCUUUAGGUACAUUAUUGUUCUCGCUGUCUACCACAUCAUCGUGAGUAUUAGCGAUCUACUAACCAGUGAUGAGAUCUCUUUGAGUAAAAUAAUAGUACUACCUAUUUUCUUUGAAGAAAAUCUUGAAAUAUUGAUAUUUUGUUUAAUAAUUUCCAUGUUGAAGUCUAGACUGAAUGUUAUUAAUAAAUAUCUGACCAACUUUAUGAAUGAUAAAGAAAACAGCAAGAAUUCUGUGUUUAUAGUCGGUGAAAGAAAGCCAGCACCUAAGGAGAAUUUUAAUUUGAUUGGACGUAUGUCAUACAAGAACAUGAAGAUUAGAGAUUUGGCUGUGACUUAUGAUAUUAUUGGAGAAACAUGUUGCCUCAUCAAUCAAGUUUUUAAUUUCCAAAUAUUCAUGACUCUGGUAUCUACAUUCACAUACAUAAUAAUUACAAUCUGGACCUCACUUACCUACUAUCGUACUCCUUCCGCGAACUUUAGCUCGCUAAUAACUAUCAUUCUUUGGUGUAUAACAGCAAUAUUCAAGGUUGCUUUUAUGUCUCUUGCUUGCGAAAGACUCCUUUUGACAAGAAAUGAAAGCAAAAUCUUGGUGAAUAAAGUGAUCAUGGAUUAUGAUCUCCCUAAGCCUAUGAGGAUGCAAGCGAAAGCUUUUAUGGAUCUGAUAGAAGCGUGGCCAUUGCGUAUUUUCAUUUAUGACAUGUUCUCAGUUGACAUUACUUUGAUGCUUAAGUACAUAAGUGUUGCUACUACGUAUUUGAUAGUAAUUAUUCAAGUAAAUCAUAUUGUUGAGUAA